AUGAAUAAAAACAAAAACAAAGAAUUUAUGGCUCUCAGCCAAAGUCAAAAGAGAAGACGUUUAGAUAUAACGAGAGCUAGCAUAGAAGAUCAUCAGGAUGAAAAUAAUGAAUCAUUUCAAGUUCAAGCGACUGGUUCCUAUGAAAAUAACGAAACACAAAACAUAGAAAUGUCUGAUGAAGAAGGAAUUUCUUCUGGUCAAGGAAGUAGUGAUGAUGAAGGAAGAGAAGAAGAAGAAGAUGAAGAAGAGGAGGAGGAGGAGGAAGAAUUUUUGCUAGAACCUAUGGAUAACAGAGAAACAAGUUCUGAAGAGAAUGAUGUUGCCAAUCCACCACCACCACCACCACCUGUGCACGUAAAUGAUGCCAUGAAAUAG